CCCCGAGCCCGCCGAGCGCUGCCGCCUGAACCCGCGCCCGCCAGCCCACACCAUGCUCAAGUGCAUCCCUCUGUGGCGCUGCAACCGGCACGUGGAGUCGGUGGACAAGCGCCACUGCUCGCUGCAGGCCGUGCCCGAGGAGAUCUACCGCUACAGCCGCAGCCUGGAAGAGCUGCUGCUCGACGCCAACCAGCUGCGUGAGCUGCCCAAGCCCUUCUUCCGGCUACUGAACCUGAGAAAGUUGGGCCUGAGUGACAACGAGAUCCAGCGGUUGCCUCCUGAGGUGGCUAACUUCAUGCAGCUGGUGGAGCUGGAUGUGUCCCGGAAUGACAUCCCUGAGAUACCUGAGAGCAUCAAGUUUUGCAAGGCUUUGGAGAUUGCAGACUUCAGCGGGAACCCCCUUUCUAGGCUCCCUGAUGGCUUUACUCAGCUGCGCAGCUUGGCUCACCUGGCCCUGAAUGAUGUGUCCCUGCAGGCACUUCCUGGGGAUGUGGGCAACCUCGCCAACCUAGUGACCCUGGAGCUCCGGGAGAACCUGCUCAAGUCCCUGCCUGCGUCCCUGUCGUUUCUGGUCAAGCUGGAACAGCUGGAUCUGGGAGGCAAUGAUCUGGAAGUGCUGCCUGACACUCUAGGGGCUCUGCCCAACCUUCGGGAGCUGUGGCUGGACCGGAACCAGCUGUCAGCACUGCCCCCGGAGCUGGGGAACCUGCGGCGCCUAGUGUGCCUUGAUGUGUCGGAGAACCGGCUGGAAGAGCUGCCCGCAGAGCUGGGCGGACUGGUGCUGCUCACUGACCUGCUGCUCUCUCAGAACCUGCUGCAGCGGCUGCCAGAUGGCAUUGGUCAACUGAAGCAGCUGUCCAUCUUGAAGGUGGACCAGAACCGGCUCUGCGAGGUACCUGAGGCCAUCGGGGACUGUGAGAACCUCUCUGAGCUGAUCCUCACGGAGAACCUGCUCACGGCCCUGCCCCACUCUCUGGGGAAGCUGACCAAGCUGACCAACCUCAACGUUGAUCGGAACCACCUAGAAGUGCUGCCGCCUGAGAUUGGGGGCUGUGUGGCACUCAGCGUGUUGUCCUUGAGGGACAACCGCCUGGCUGUCCUGCCACCAGAGCUGGCCCACACAGCAGAGCUGCAUGUGCUAGAUGUGGCUGGGAACCGGCUGCGGAGUUUGCCGUUUGCGCUCACCCACCUCAACCUCAAGGCGCUGUGGUUGGCAGAGAACCAGGCGCAGCCUAUGCUCCGGUUCCAGACCGAGGAUGAUGCUCAGACAGGCGAGAAGGUGCUCACCUGCUACCUGCUGCCUCAGCAGCCCCUGCCCUGCCUUGAGGACCUGGGGCAGCAGGGGAGCCCCUCUGAGAGCUGGAGCGACACCCUUCCAAGCCGUGUCAGUGUCAUCCAGUUCCUAGAGGCCCCCACUGGCGACGAGGAUGCCGAGGAGGCAGCUGCUGAGAAACAGGGCCUACAGCGCAGGGCCACACCUCACCCCAGUGAGCUCAAGGUGAUGAAGAAGAGUGUCGAGGGGCGUCGGAGCGAGGCCUGCCCUGGCAAGCCAGAGCCUGGGCCACCCCCACCCCCAGAGGAGGGCAAGAGGCUGAGUACCGAGUCUGGCCUGAGCGGAGGCUCCCAGCCAUCUAUCAGCACAGCCUCCACGGGCGAGCCCACAAGCCCGGGGGCUGAGCUUCCAGGGCUGAGCCACCAGGAGGCCAUGCUGGCUGACCAGGAGGAAAGCACCGAGGAGGACUAUGAGGAGCCCACAGUGCACUUCGCAGAGGACACACUGCUGCCUGGGGAUGACGGAGAUGGCCAGGAGGGGCGAUUGCAGGCACCCUGGGCCCCGCCGGGUGGGAGGCAGCGGCUCAUACGUAAGGACACGCCACACUACAAGAAGCACUUCAAGGUUGCCAGGCUGCCCCAGCCCGAAGCAGUCGUGGCCCUGCUGCAGGGGAAGCAGCUGGACGGGGAGCAUCCCACAGCACCUCGGGGCUGGCACAAUGGCCCCCACACAUCUUGGGCCCCUCAGGCCCAGGAAGAAGAGGAGGAGGAAGAAGACAGGGUAGAGGAAGCGGAGGAGGAAGAGAAGGCUGAGGAGGAGGAGGGCGAGGCUACCACUGAGGAAGAUGAGGAGGAGGCCAUGGCCUCCGCGCCCUCUGUCAAGGGGGUGUCGUUUGACCAGGCCAAUAAUCUGCUGAUAGAGCCUGCCCGCAUUGAGGAGGAAGAGCUGAACCUGACCAUUGUGCGGCAGACUGGGGGCUUGGGCAUCAGCAUCGCAGGGGGCAGGGGUUCCACACCCUACAAGGGGGAUGAUGAGGGCAUCUUCAUCUCCCGGGUGUCUGAGGAGGGCCCUGCAGCCCGCGCUGGGGUCCGAGUGGGCGACAAGCUCCUCGAGGUGAAUGGUGUGGCCUUGCAGGACGCUGAACACCAUGAGGCAGUGGAGGCGCUCCGGGGGGCUGGCACUGCUGUACAGAUGCGCGUGUGGCGGGAGCGCAUGGUGGAGCCUGAGAAUGCAGUCACCAUCACACCUCUGCGACCUGAAGACGACUAUAGUCCCCGAGAGAGGCGGGGAGGAGCAGUGCGCCUGCCCCUGCUCCAGCCAGACACCACUGGGCCCCUCCGCCAGCGGCACGUGGCCUGCCUCGUGCGCAGUGAGAAGGGGCUAGGCUUCAGCAUUGCUGGCGGGAAAGGCUCUACACCCUACCGGGCUGGCGACGGGGGCAUCUUCAUCUCCCGCAUUGCUGAGGGAGGUGCUGCCCACCGGGCAGGCACACUGCAGGUUGGCGAUCGCGUCCUCUCGAUCAAUGGAGUGGACGUGACUGAAGCCCGGCAUGACCAUGCUGUCUCUCUGCUGACUGCUGCCUCCCCGACCAUCGCCCUACUGUUGGAGCGCGAGAAUGGGGGGCCCCUUCCUCCCAGCCCUGUGUCACAGUCUGGCUUGUCCCCCACUGCAGCCACUCCUGGGGAGCCUGCACUGCCCAGGCUGGCCCCCAGCCUGCUAGCAACUGCACUGGAAGGGCCAUACCCAGUGGAGGAGGUCUGUCUGCCAAGAGCGGGGGGCCCACUGGGGCUUAGCAUUGUCGGGGGCUCUGACCACUCCAGCCACCCGUUUGGUGUCCAGGAGCCUGGUGUGUUCAUCUCCAAGGUGCUCCCGCGGGGUCUAGCUGCUCGCAGUGGCCUGCGGGUUGGGGACCGCAUCCUGGCAGUGAAUGGGCAGGACGUGCGAGAGGCCACACACCAGGAGGCAGUCAGUGCCCUGCUCCAGCCCUGCUUGGAGCUGUCCCUGCUGGUGCGGAGAGACCCUCCACCGCCAGGCAUGCGGGAGCUCUGCAUUCAGAAGGCCCCAGGGGAGAAGCUGGGCAUCAGCAUCCGUGGGGGUGCCAAGGGCCAUGCAGGGAACCCCUGUGACCCCACCGAUGAAGGUAUCUUCAUCUCCAAGGUGAGUCCCAUGGGGGCAGCUGGGCGCGACGGCCGGCUGCGUGUGGGGCUGCGGCUACUGGAAGUGAACCAGCAGAGCCUGCUGGGCCUGACACAUGGUGAGGCUGUGCAGCUGCUACGCAGCGUGGGUGAUACGCUGACCGUGCUAGUCUGUGACGGCUUCGACACCAAUACCACCUCAGCCCUGGAGGUGUCCCCAGGUGUCAUUGCCAACCCCUUUGCGGCAGGCGUCAGCCAGCGGGAUAGCCUGGAAAGCGUCUCUUCCAUUGACCGGGAGCUGAACCCAGAGGGCUUGGGCAAGGAGAAGGAGCUCCCUGGACAGAGCCCGCACUGGGUGCCAGAGCAUGCAGAGGCUACAGGUCAGGCUCUGGAGCCCCUGAAGCUGGACUACCGCGCCCUGGCUGCCGUGCCCAACACUGGCAUCAUGCAGAGAGUUCCAUCUGGUGCAGCUGGAGGGAAGAUGGCUGAGGCCUCCUGCUCCCCCAGCAGCCAGGAGGCCCAGCCCCUGCCUUUUCAGACAAAACCCGGGGUGAUCCAGCCAUUGGCUCAGGCCUGGCCAAGGGGCUCCCCAACCCCCAGGGGCAGAGAUGGUCCCUGCUGCCCUCCCUCCCUGUCCUCCCCGGAUGAGCUCCCUGCUAGUGUGAAGCAGGCCUACAGGGCCUUCGCUGCCGUGCCCACCCCACACCCCCCUGAGGAUACACCUGCCCAGCCCCCAACACCUGGGCCCACAGCCUCCCCAGAGCAGCUGUCCUUCCGUGAACGGCAGAAAUACUUUGAACUGGAGGUGCGGACACCCCAGGCUGAGGGCCCCCCCAAGCGUGUGUCCCUGGUGGGUGCUGAUGACCUACGGAAGAUGCAGGAGGAGGAAGCCCGCAAGCUGCAGCAGAAAAGAGCACAGAUGCUGUGGGAGGUGCCAGCCGCUGGGCCCAAGGUGCAGCUGGCCCUAAACAGGGAAGACCCAGAGGAGGAACAGGAGGAUGAGCCGCCCUGGGCUGGCCCAGACCCUUCCAGAGGGCAGAGCCCAUCGUCCCCUUUGCCCCUGGGAGGCACUGCCCCAGUGCGGACAGCCAAAGCGGAGCGGCGCCACCAGGAGAGGCUACGCGUGCAGAGCCCCGAGCCACCGCUGCCUGAGCGGGCCCUGUCCCCUGCCGAGCGCCGUGCCCUGGAGGCCGAGAAGCGGGCACUUUGGAGGGCAGCCAGGAUGAAGUCUCUGGAGCAAGAUGCCCUCCGGGCACAGAUGGUUCUCAGCAAGUCCCAGGAGGGCCGGAGCAAGAGGGGGCCCCUGGAGCGGCUGGCUGAGGCCCCUUCUCCUGCACCAACCCCCUCGCCCACCCCCUUAGAAGACCUCAGUCCCCAGACCAGCACCUCCCCUGGACGCCUGCCCUUGUCUGGAAAGAAGUUUGACUACAGGGCGUUUGCAGCCCUCCCUUCUUCCAGACCUAUCUGUGACAUCCAGUCACCGGACUCUGCUGAGGAGCUGAGGUCCCUGGAGCCGUCUCCCAGCCCAGGCCCACAGGAGGAAGAUGGAGAGGUGGCCCUGGUGCUUCUGGGCAGGCCCUCACCGGGCACCAUGGGCCCCGAAGACGUGAGGCUGUGCAGCAGCCGCCGCCCCAUGCGGCCGGGGCGCCGAGGCCUGGGCCCUGUGCCCUCCUAGGGGGUGGGCACCUCCCCUGACUUGCCCUGUCUUUUAACCCGUUAGCAUUUUAAAGAGCCCCUCAGGAGCUCUGGCCUCUGACUAACUGCCCCUGCCCCGGCCAAGACCUCUUGGCGAGACUGUAACUAGUGAUGUUUGUACAACCAAAGACUCUAUUUUGUGGUUUAAGGAGAAUAAAGUUGGCUACAUUUUA